UACUGUCACCGAAGGCAUCGGAGUCUCUGUCUCAACUGUGCUUACACUCGACAUGGGGCUGUUGCCGGCUUGGCGGUCCGUGGUAUUCAAGAACCGGGGAAGCGGUUUAGGCCUUGCCGCAAUAGCUUAUGUGGGCGUGGACUAUUUCCGCCACCUGUCUCCGCGGUGGCACGAGCGAUUGCAGCCAGUUUUGUGGACAUUUUUAGCCAUUGCAGCUGUUAUUCGUGUUCCUUUUUAUAAGCACUGGUCAUCUGAGCUUCGUUCUGCUCUGCCCUUCAUAUUUUCUUUGAUUUUUAUGCUCUCUGCUCUGCUUUUGGAAGCCAUCUCUGUUCGGUUUGUCACGGUUGUUCUUGGCAGUGAUUGGCACAAUUCUGCUCAGGCUCUACCUGAUGUUGGCCAGUGGUUUCUGCUUGCAUUGAACGAGAAGCUGCCCCAAACAAUGGUCAAUUUGUUGAGAGCUCGUAUAAUUGGACUGCACCAUUACCUGAUGUUGUUUGUCAUGCUUGGUUUCUCUGUAUUAUUCAACUCCAUUGAAGCUCCUGGUCUUGGGUUGGGUGCAAGAUACAUGUUUACCAUGGGUGUUGGGCGACUUCUUCGAGCCUUGGCUUUUGUUUCUACAAUUUUACCAUCACCUCGGCCCUGGUGUGCAUCAACUCGCUACCAUAUACCUGCACACCCUCAUCGUUGGGCUCAAAAGUAUUAUGUUCCAUAUGCAACUGAUUCAUAUGCUAUUCGCCAAGUUAUUCAUUAUGAUAUUGCCUAUGCUGAUCCUGGAGACUAUCAUGUUGAAUUCCAUCCUAACUGGGGUUUGAUGAGCUUCCUCAUUGAUUUUCUACGACCUACACCUCCUGAUGGUUCUUCUCCAUGGUACCAUCUACUAAAGAAAGCAGGGGGUGGCUGCAAUGACCUCAUAUACAGUGGCCACAUGCUUGUAUCUGUACUGACUGCUAUGGCAUGGACGGAGGCAUAUGGUGGCUUAAGCUCCAUUUUGAUUUGGCUGCUUGUACUGCAUAGUGCACAAAGGGAAAUUCGCGAGCGCAAUCAUUACAGUGUUGAUUGUGUGUUAGCCAUCUACAUGGGGAUCUUUUUGUGGAAGUUGAUAGGCAUUUUUUGGCCAACUAAAGAUGCAUCCAAGAAAAGAAGGCUAAUCAAAUUGGAAAGAGUUCAGGGUAGACUAACGCAAGCUGCCAAGGACUCUGAUAUUGAUAGAGUGAGAGAAAUUCUGAAAGAGGUCGAGUUAAGCAGUCAAGUAAGGCAGAACCCUAAGAGCAGCGCUAUGUGGCUGUUUUCUGGUGCAACCAUUUUCUGCACGAUAACCGUGGUGCUUCUUGCCUUCAUGUUGACAUCUGACGGGUGAUUCCCUACUUAAGUUAUAUGCUGCCACGAAAUUUAUGAGUCGAUUGCAGUGCUCUUAACUGCAUUUUGUUGUAUGAAAACACGAGUAGAUAGAAACCAAACAAAGAUUGUUGUACACUAUCAAGAUAUAGACUGUUAGGUCUGAGGCCACGUUUAUAGGCUGGAUGUUGUAAUAUGGACCUUCACCAGUGAUGUUCGAAUGUAUGUGCAAAGUUCCACAGGUAAUGUCAUUUACUGAACUGAAGUGGCAAACGAGUUCCAGUUUUCAUGGCUGUAAUGAAACACUGGAAAUUUCAUUUAUAUUAAGACCAUUUUGAUCUUGAA